AUGGAAGAACCUACAGAUGACGGAAUCCGGGAGCUCAUGUACCAGCUGGAAAAUGCUGCAAUCAAAUGCUCCGAACGAUGCCUUUACCAAUCAGCAAAAUGGGCAGCCGAAAUGCUCGAUUCCCUCCGCCCUUUAGAUCAUGACGAUACCGACCUUGAGUCUCCGAUGGAGAUUUCGGAUCCUCCUCCGCCAGCAACAAACCCUUACCUCAAAGUACACGACCCAGUAGAAGCUGCCCUUGAGACACAAGAGUCCUACAAAUACCUGCUAGCCAAAUCCUACUUCGAUACCCGUGAAUAUGACCGAUGUGCGGCCGUAUUUCUCCCUCCCACCACACCACCCGUUCCUUUGUCGGUUACAUCACCCAACUCCAAGCCGAGGCCAUCGCGGACCUCACACAAGGGCAAGGACAAAGCUUCACCGUUCCAAACGCCAAAGACACAGAAGACCCAAAUACAGCAAAAUCCAUAUCCGAAACUGAGUCAGAAAUCGCUCUUCCUCGCCCUGUAUGCAAAGUACUUAGCCGGAGAGAAGCGCAAGGAGGAAGAAACGGAGAUGGUGCUCGGUCCAGCAGAUGGUGGGAUGGCCGUCAAUCGAGAGUUGUCAGGUCUUGCCAGAGGUUUGGACGGAUGGCUAUCCGAACGAACCGCACAGGGGCUCGAUGAUCGGGGCCAGGGAUGGCUGGAGUAUCUAUAUGCUGUUGUCUUGUUAAAAGGACGAAAUGAGGAGCUGGCGAAGAAAUGGCUUGUUCGAUGUGUGCAUCAAAAUCCGUAUCAUUGGGGCGCCUGGCAAGAACUAAACGACCUGCUGGGCAGUACAGAAGACCUGAAACAAAUUCUCGAACUUUUGCCGCAAAACGUCAUGAGUUUAAUAUUCUACGUCUACUGCAGCCAGGAGCUCUACCAGGCCACAGAAGACACAUACAGAUCACUGUCUGAGCUACAGUCAAUGUUUCCAGAAAGCGCAUUCCUCAAAACACAGCACGCAUUGUUGUUAUAUCACUCGAAAGACUUCGAGGAAGCAUCCCAUAUUUUCGAAGGCAUUCUGGCCACAUCACCCCACCGCCUAGACAGUCUAGAUCACUAUUCGAACAUCCUUUACGUGAUGGACCAGCGACCUCAACUUGCGUUCGUCGCUCAAGUCGCGACAGCCACGGACAAAUUCCGCCCAGAAACCUGUUGCGUCGUGGGUAACUACUACUCUUUGAAAUCCGAGCAUGAAAAGGCAGUAAUGUACUUCCGACGUGCACUCACUCUCGACCGGAACUUCUUAUCUGCAUGGACCCUCAUGGGUCAUGAAUACAUCGAGAUGAAGAACACUCACACCGCCAUUGAGUCGUAUCGUCGGGCUGUCGAUGUCAAUCGUAAGGAUUACCGGGCCUGGUACGGUCUCGGACAGGCCUACGAAGUCUUAGAUAUGUCUUUCUACGCCCUCUUUUACUACCAGCGCGCCGCAGCACUACGUCCAUACGAUCCAAAGAUGUGGCAGGCAGUCGGAUCGUGCUAUGCAAAGAUGGGCCGCGUGGAACAGAGUAUUCAAGCUCUCAAGCGCGCAUUGGUGGCUGGUUCAUUACAGCCAGAUGAUGGCGGACAAGCAGGCAACGGCGCAAACCCUGGCCGAAAGAUCCUUGAUCCAGAAACACUGCACCAGAUCGCGACGCUGUACGAGCGUCUCGGUGAUGAAGACGAGGCGGCUGCAUACAUGGAACUCACUCUCCAACAGGAAUCCGGUGCUCCUGUGAAUGAGAGUGUAGAUGAUGAUGACUCUGCCUCGGAUCAAGACAUUCAAAGUGAUGCUGAGAUCGAGCAUUCGGAAGACGAAGAACUUGAUCUGUCGCAACGACACCGUCGUAAUCGUAAGCCUCGCGCAAAGGCUGAAUCAUUCGCGAUGCAGAACGAUGACUCCAUUGUCAGUGAGACAUGGAAUGGCACUGGCGUUACAGCAACCACAUCCAAGGCACGUCUGUGGUUGGCACAAUAUGCGUCACGGAACGGUGAUCUUGACCGUGCGGACCAGCUGGCUAGCGAGUUGUGUCAGGAUGGAAUUGAAGUGGAGGAGGCCAAGGCCUUAAUGAGGGACGUGCGGGCAAGAAGAGAGGGUGCGACUUGA